AUGUCGAGCGAAUAUACGAGCUGUCUCUUUAUUCGUUCCUGCACUGCAAUGUUGUCGAUCAGUUCUUCUGUUUCUUUAUUGGUUCAAGCGUUGUGCUUCCAGCUGGCUGCCGCAAGCUUCCUGGUAGACAGGGGCAACAGUGCGUUUGACUACAUCGUGGUAGGCGGCGGGAAUGCUGGCCUGACCAUUGCAUCCCGCCUAUCCGAGGACGCGAAAGUACGAGUCGCUAUCAUUGAAGCAGGCAGUUUCUAUGAAGAAGUGACGGGCAAUCAAAGUCAAAUUCCUGCCAACGACGCCCUGUAUAAUGGCAAGGCCGCAACCAACACCAACCCGCUUGUUGAAUGGGAUUUUAUGACAACACCACAGGCAGGCGCCAACAAUGAAAAGGUCCAUUACGGACGAGGUAAGACGCUUGGUGGCUGUACAGCGCUGAACUACAUGGCGUACCAACGCCCUCCUGUGGGUGCUAUGGAAAGAUGGGCCGAAGCUGUGGGCAACGAGUCGUGGACUUUUGAUAAUGUUCUCCCUUACUAUAAGAAGAGUCUCAACUUUACUCCGCCGAAUAUGCAGAAACGAAUUACCAAUUCCACCCCGAGCUACGAUGAGUCGACCCUCGGACAUAACGGCCCAUUGGCGUUGACCUACCCCAAUUACGCCCAGCCCUUCAGCACCUGGGCAGCGAAAGGCAUGGAGGAAGUUGGUAUUCCACACAUCCCUGGAUUUACCAGCGGCUAUCUCAAUGGCUCGAGCUGGUUGGUUCAUACUAUCGACCAGACAACGGGCUUCCGAGCUUCCUCUGAAUCGGCCUUCCUAAGACCCUUUCUCACCCGCCCCAACCUGGCGGUCUACAAAAACACGCUGGCUGAGAAAAUUGUUUUCAAGGGAAAUGUAGCCACGGGAGUCCAAGUGACAUCGGAAGGCCAUACCUUCUUAUUAGCAGCGCGAAAAGAAGUCAUUGUGUCCGCAGGUACCUUCCAGUCACCUCAGUUGCUUAUGGUCUCCGGUGUUGGACCGGCGGACCUACUACGCCAGCAUGAUAUCAAGGUAGUUGCCAAUCGUCCUGGCGUGGGGCAAAAUAUGCAGGACCAUGUAUUCUUUGGCAUCACGUACAAGGUAAAUGUCCAGACUGCAACCUCGCUGUCUGACCCGUCUGUCUACAAAGAAGCUGUUCUGUUAUUUCGAGAUCAGCAAUCCGGCCCACUGGCUGGUCCUGGAGGAGAUUACUGUGGGUUUGAAAAGCUACCAAAAGAGCUCCGCGCGAAUUUCUCAGAUAGUACACGCGAAUACCUUGACAGUCUUCCGUCGGAUUGGCCCGAGAUCCAAUACUUUACCCUUCCUGCGUAUGUGGGUGAUUUCUGGAAUCCUGGUGUUGGCGGGCCCACGGAUGGGAACUACGCCACCAUUAUGGCAACUCUGAUCGCCCCCAAGUGUCGUGGAAAUGUCUCUAUUUCAACUUCCAGCAUGCACGAUCAACCGCUGAUCAACCCAAAUUGGUUGACCCAACAGGCCGAUGUGGAACUUCUCACGGCGGCAUUCAAGCGACUGCGUCAGAUCUUCCAAGCCUCGGUCCUGCAAGAGAACCUGACGAUUGGGCCGGAGUAUUACCCGGGAGACAAAGUGUCCACCGACGAACAGAUCCAUCAUUUCAUUCAAGACGCCUUUCAAACGAUGUAUCACGCUGCAGCGACAUGCAAGAUGGGAAAACCGGAUGACGAGAUGGCUGUUGUGGAUAGCCAUGGCCUUGUAUACGGAACUAAGCGCCUGCGAGUAGUUGACGCCUCCGUGUUCCCUUUCCUCCCGCCCAAUCUCCCACAAGGAACAAUUUACGAAUUAACUGACGUCUCAAUAGAUAUGCUAGCCGAAAAAAUUGCAGAGGGCAUCAAGCAGGGACAGUAG